AUGUGGGUAGACCUUGUGAGGUUGUUCUUGGACAAGUAUUUUCCCGAAAUGAAAGCUUCAUCCCUACGGAGGGAAAUUAUCGGAAUUAAGCAACACAAAAGAGAAGCUUUCCACACAUACUGGGAAAGAUUUAAGAAACUUUACGCCCGUUGUCCAAAGCAUGGGAUCACCGAGUAUCAGCUCCUACAAUAUUUCAUUGAAGGUAUGACCCCCAUGGAAAAAAGACUUCUCAAUGCCUCUAGUGGCGGAUCUUUGCCCGAUAAGACCCCAACUGAGAUCCGAAAUCUAAUCAAGAACAUGGCUGAAGAUUCCAAACAUUCAAGCCAUGAUGAAGAAUGGUAUACGGAUGCACCCCGGGGUGUAAAAGAAGUUCAAACUCCUCAGAUUGAAGCUCAAUUGUCUGAGCUCACAAAAGUAGUCAUGAUGUUGGCCAAAGACAAUGGUGUGCAGCCCACACCCCGCCCAUGCGGUAUUUGUACCCAAGUGGGGCAUCCAACCAAUAUGUGCCCACAACUCCAAGAGGAAGAUUAUGAAGAAGCGAAAGUCAUGGGAGGCUAUUCUGGGGCAAAUCAGAGAGGUUAUGAGCAACCAAGAGGUGAUCAGCGAUGGAACAAUAAUCAAGGGUGGGGAGGCAAUCAACAAGGGAAUUAUCAGCAGAAUCAAUCGCAUCAAUAUCAACCAAGACCACGAUUUCCUCAAAAUCAACAACGACCACCCUUCCAACCUCAAAAUUACCAACCAAGGCACCCACAACAACCCCCUCCACAAGCAAGUUCUUCAAGUAUGUCACUAGAAGAUAUUGUCAAAAGUCUUGCCACAAGCACUCAAAGCUUUCAACAAGAAACCAAGGCAAGCAUAAAACACUUGGAGCAACAAGUAUCACAACUUGCUCAAUCCGUAAGUAAGAUGGAGUCGCAAGGCAAGCUACCCUCUCAAACGGAGAAGAACCCAAAACACAAUGCGUGUGCAAUUACUCUAAGAGGUAAGAAAAUCUAUGAAAGUCCAAGGAUGCCGGAUGAAGAAGAAGAAGAGAAAGAGAUUGAGGUGGAAGAAGCUGUCAAAGAAGAGGAAAGGAAGAGUACUCCAAAGUACAAGAAGCUAAUAGAAUACGAAGUGAAAGUCACACCAGCUCCAUUUCCUUCAAGGCUAGCAAGCACCAAAAGAGAAAGGGAAGAUGACGAAAUCAUGGCCAUGUUUCGAAAGGUUGAAAUCAAUAUCCCUCUUUUAGAUGCCAUUACACAGAUUCCUAGAUAUGCUAAGUUCCUUAAGGAACUUUACACAUCUAAGAAAAAGCUUAAAGGAAAUCAAACUGUGAAGGUUGGUGAAAAUGUCUCAGCCAUGUUACAAAAGCGACUACCAAAAAAAUGCAAGGACCCGGGUGUUUUCACAGUUCAUUGCAAAAUGGGUAACCUUUUUGUACCACGUGCCAUGCUUGAUCUUGGAGCAUCAAUUAAUGUCUUACCCUAUUCAAGUUAUAAGACAAUAGGAAUUGGACCUUUAUCAAAAACCGAAGUUAUCAUUCAACUUGCUGACCGGUCUUUGGUACACCCGAAAGGUGUAUUGGAGGACGUGUUAGUCCAAGUUAAUGAGCUUGUUUUUCCCGCUGACUUUUAUGUUUUAGACAUGGGUGAUGAAAACACCCCACAAUCGAGCUCCAUCCUUUUGGGGAGACCUUUUAUGAGUACCGCAAAAACAAAAAUAGAUGUAGCCAAUGGUACUUUGUUAAUGGAGUUCGAUGGUGAGGUGAUUAACUUUAAUAACUUUGAAGCCAUGCGUUAUCCUAGCGAUUUUCAUUCUUUAAACUUCAUAGAUGUUAUUGAUUCAUGUACUAAUGAUUGCUUUGAGAUGUCAAGCCAAGAUGUGCUAACCACCAUCUUGAGCAAACACUUUGAUGAGACAGGGAUUAAGGAUUUGGCUGACAAGUACAAAUUGGAGGAUGAAUUGAUUGAAGUAAUCGAUUCCUUGGAGAAAGCACAACCCAUGAGGGUUGAAGCACCCCGCAUGAAGCUAAAAAGUUCCAAUCCAAAACUUCUCCCAUCCAUAGUACAACCACCGACUCUUGAGUUGAAGGCUCUUCCCGACCAUCUCAAGUAUGCCUACUUGGAGAGGAAGAGACAUUACUGGUGA